UCUGGACCAGGUGGCAUCAAGGCGGUUGCUCCGCUUCGUGUGGAGUAGGCAGUCGGACGGACACGCGAACUAGAUCAAAACUGUAUGGUAAUUCGGAGUCUGGAGAGGGUGUUGUAGAAUGUUUUGGAAACAAUAUUGAACAGAAAACUGAAACUUGCACAAAUGAUGUAUGCCGAUCACAAGUAUGCAGAUGGAGUGACUGGUCACCUUGGCAACAAGGAGCGUGCUCAGUAACAUGUGGUCAAGGAUCGCAGACAAACGCGAAGUACAGGUCAAAGAUUUACACAUUUGAACAGUAUGGUCAACGAGAAUGUUACGGAAACGAAAUUGAACGGACAACCGUUUCAUGCUAUAUUCAAGAGUGCUACACUCCCAUUGUUUGCAAAUGGAAUAUAUGGAGUGCAUGGCAACAAGGUGUAUGCUCAGUAACAUGUGGCACGGGAACCCGAACUGAAACUCGAACAAGAAUAAAACUGUACGGAAAAUCCGGCGGAGACGGAUGCUUUGGUAGUAGUAUUGAACAACGAGGUGCUAUACCGUGCUACUAUAUGCCGUGUCCAGUUCCUACCCCUGUUUGUAGAUGGAGUCCAUGGAGUACAUGGCAGCAAGGGAUAUGCUCGGUUACUUGCGGAUGGGGAACCCGAACUGAAACGCGAACAAGAUCAAAACUGUACGGACAAUCACAAUCUGGCAGAGACGGAUGUUUUGGUAGUAGUAUUGAACAGCGAGGGGCUAUACAAUGCUACUUUCAGUCGUGUCCUGUUUCUACCCCUGUAUGUCGUUGGAGUAAUUGGGGCGCCUGGAUCAUAGAGACAGCAUGUAUAAGUAAACGUACAGUUGGUACACCCACUUGCUAUUAUUCGGGGACUGCACGUUACUAUAGAACCCGACAGUGCCAUUGCAGAGGGAAACGAACAGGAGGAGGCACUACAUAUACUCAAUGUGUUGGUGUUUCAAUAGAAAGAGCUUACAAACCAUGUUGUGUUGGCCAUGUCAGCCCACCACCAACUGGAUGUGGGUGGGGUCCUUGGGGGCCUUGGAUCGUCGGGACAACAUGUAUAUAUAAUGGUCAACCAAGCACGCACACUUGCAUUUGUCCUGGGGUUAUACGGUACUAUAAAACCCGUCAGUGCCAUUGCAGAGGGAAGCGAACAUUUGGCGGCGCUACGUCGCGAUGUGUUGGAAAUUCCAUAGAACAAAUGUACAUACAAUGCUGUGUUGGUGGUGUUAUUCCUCCACUUCCAACACCUCCGCCACCGACUGGACCAAUUCCUGGAGCUGGAUGGGGGCCUUGGGUGGAAGUCAUUUGCGAUCCACCUGCGGGAUGCACUCCGUUGCACCCAUUGGGUCGCAAACGUUCAGUAGAGAGUCAACUUGGAUCCAUUUCUAUAGAGAAACGCCAGUCUGUAUGCGUCAUCACAAGCUACCAAUGUGUAUUUCAUCGACAAUGCUACGGAAUAUCAUGCCAAGGAACUUCCUCCAAAAAUGAAAAUCGUCUUGCCUGCUGUCCAGAAUCGCAACCUCCACCUGGUCCAACGCCACCACCAAUAGGCCCAACACCACCGCCAGUAACUCCACCACCCGUGACUCCGCCACCCGUAACUCCACCACCAGUGACUCCACCACCCGUGACUCCACCACCAGUGACUCCACCACCAGUGACCCCACCACCCGUGACUCCGCCACCAGUGACUCCACCACCCGUGAC